AUGGCAAUCAUGGAGACCGAGCUAAUUCCAGGAUUGUCGGACGAUGUCGCUCUGCAGUGCCUCCUCCGCCUCCCCUUCUACUCCAUCUCUGUUGCUCGAGGCGUCUGCAGGCGGUGGAGGCGCGAACUCUCAGCGUCUUCGUCCUUCUAUCGCCUCCGCAAGGCUGCCGGCCUCGCUCGCCCCGUCUUCAUUAUGCUCUUUUAUGAUAUACCCUCGUUCUCCCUUUACAGGUGGCGUCUAGCCUUUUACGAGCCAGCCACGGCCGCCUGGGGGGUCCGGCUAUUAACAGACGACAGCCUCCGCGGUAAGCAGCAUUGCUGGCAUGUUGUGGUCGUCGAGCGAGAGCUGGUGUUGGUUGGCGGGUGGGAUGAGUCAAACUGGAAGGACACCGCGGAAGUCAACAUCUACGAUCUAGUCACCGGCGACUGGCGUCCCGGGGCUCCUAUUCCGCGCCCCAUGCAGGAUGGCUGCGACUUUGCCGUCGGGCCACGGAACGUGUUCGUAUCUGGCUGGAAGGACGAUCUAUCGUCGAUGUUAGUUUAUUACACGGCAACCGACGCGUGGAUGGACUACCACGUGGCGACCCAGGAGCCGAGCUGGUGCCCGUGGUCCGGGUUCAUGUCGGCCGCCAACCUCGCCGCCCACGAGGAGGAAAAGAUGUACGAAUGCCGGGAGAGAGAGGAGGACGAGAAAUUGGAGGUGGUCACAUGGUGCGACGGCGACAAAGCGAACUUGUGGCGGAGCUUGGGAUUGUCGCCGGACAACUUAUUUUAUUACCGCCAACACUUCUUUGUCUUCCAAUUCUAA